CAAAGAGAGCAUCGUUCGAAACCGUGGUUCUUCUUCGAUCAUCUGAUGGUUAGUUGUACUGAACUUUUUCACUAAAUGGAAGUAGAAUGACAUGAUAUCACCAAGCUGCCCAAUAAUUAUGGACGCGACAAGUACCGCAUCGUCAUAUAAUACGAAAGAGAGAAAUGAUCACUCAAAGCUUAUGUGUAACAAUAUGGAAAAUUGUAAGGAUGAAUUAACUGAAAACGAAAUUUUGGAAGAAUCAAAUCAGGAUCCAGAAGACGAAGAUACUCUUUCUGAUGACAGCUUACGGUUAAGAUUCUCAGAUGAUGAAGCUGACGUUAGUGACACUGUUUCAUCAAUUAAACCAGCUGCACCAUGUAUUAGUUCUGAACAAAUUACUUCUCAGGAUACAACUACGGGCUUGCCCAAUUCAACUAAGAAAAUUCCACUUGAUGCGACAGUAGAAUCAACGUAUAACUCAUGCGAAUCUGCUGUUAAGACAGAAUUUCUGAAGUCAAACGAAAAAAAUGAAAUUUUAGAUGAAGUACACGACAGAAGUGAAAAUAAUAAGAAGAAAAUGUGGCGAGGUGGAAACCGAAAAUUGCAUUCUCUCAAUAAUACCAUUCAGACAAAUAAACGCCCCUUUUCGGGUCAUUCUUUCCAAUCACGGUACUAUCCCAAUAAUUCGAAUGUCCAUAGGAGUGACUUUUAUUUCAAUAAUCAUCACAAUUUUGGAAGACCAUCGGGAUUUCGAAAACAUGGAAACCAUUGGAAAAAGUCGAAGGGAAAGUGUGUUCCUCGUAGUUCUCGGCAGGUACAAAAAAAAGCAGUCAAAGAAGAGGUGGCCAAUUUUGAACUUCAGUUAGGGUCAAAAUUGAAUGUGAACAUUAAACUUUCUCCAUCAGAUCAGUCUUCUGCUCUUUCUGACUCUGUGGAACAAGCACCUCUUGAAGUCGAUGCUAGCAACAGUAGCACAAAUUCACCCGAAGCUAUCCCAUCCUCUGAUCUAAAAUCCAAAGAACGAUUACAAAUUCCUAUUAUCAGUAACAAUGAUACAUUGUCUAUUGUUAAUGAUGAACUAUCCAAGGAGUGCAGUCACCUAAAUCUCGAUCAAGUUUCAUCUAAUGGCAGUGGAAGUCUGGAAAAUGCUGAUAAAAUUUACACUAACUUGGUAACCAAUCAAAAUUCAACCAGCUACAACUGUGAUUUAAGCUUUGCUUCUGACGACUGGUUGAAUGAACAUAUUGCUCCUGACCGUGAACACCUGCAGGCUACAGAGAAUUUCUCAACAUCGUCAAGCCAGGAUAGUUCUGAUUUUAAACGUGCUACAUCAUCAUUGUCCCUUGAGAAUAUCGAGUCCACAGCUUCUUCUGAGCCAAAGAAUGCUAUUACUAUGGGUGAUGAGACUUUGGCCCAAAAUAACAAUCUUGAUUCUUCUGACUCAUUAAAAGAGACAGUUAAACUGGACAUGGGUAACAAACUGCUUGAAAUGAAGUCGCAUAGUGAUGUUGGAGCAGAUGCACCCGGUGACAUUCAAAAAGAAGUUGAGACCAAUAGCCAUGCAUAUGAAACAGUCGAACAAACAAAUGAAAUUGGUGAUUCUUUGAAGUUACCCACAACUGAUGAGCCUAAUGCAACCUCUAGCAAAUUAUGGGACCCAGAGAAACAGUCAAACACGGAGCAAAUGCUAGAACAGCAAAAGAAAGAGAGUAUUGGAACUGAGGAGCUAGUAACAAGUGAAGUGGUUAACAGUGGUGAAAAGCAAGAGCCAGAUAAUAAGGAUGAUGUGAAAAAUGAAGAGGAAAAAAAAGAUGAUACUUCGUUGUCCAAUGAACAGGAAGUGACUGAGCAAGCCUCAGAAAAAGUUGUGAAAGAAGCGGAAAGUAGUGAAUAUAGGAACAAUCAAUGUGAAAUUAGUGCUCCAGCCAAAAAUAAAAGAAAAUCUAGUUCAGCCAAAAAGAAAACUGAGUUAGUUGAACGUGUUUUACGAAAAACAAAAACAUUAAAGAGCAAUGAAAAAACAGUUAGGAAUCAAUUGGCCCAUAGUGAAUCUAAUGACGAAUCAGGUAACCCUGACCGAAAUUCAACAGAAAAAAACUCAUCAAAACUUAAAGAUAAUCCACAGUUAGAACCAGUGCUGGUUAUGAAACGUAGUUUGACAGACACUGAAAAGGAAAACGAUAAAGCGUGUCAUAAAAAAAUGAAAAUUGUUCCUGACUCAAAUUCAGAUAUUUCUGUGGAGCAACUCAGAAGUCAAACCACAGUUACAUCGCCUAUUGAAGAAUUACAUCCUUCGUCUGUGGAAAAAACUAAUGAAUCACCGAAAUCUCUCUGUUAUGUACGAAAAUUUUUCCAAAGAGAUGUGAAGGGCAAGUUGACAAAAUUGAAACGUGAGGAAUUGGAAGAACUUAUAAUACAAAAAUUGGUAGAAACUCUAACAAUGCGAAGUGAAAUUGGAAGGUUACGAGAACAGGCACGAAUAUCGGAACGCAAUCAAGAAGCCACUCGUAUUCGCUGUCAACAGUUGUCAAAGCAAAUAAAGGAUUUUGACAUGGUCCUCACUCGCAAUGCUGCUGACCGUCGGGCUAACAAUGACAAGCCUAUGCCACCCAUAAAAAUUAACAGAUCUGUUGGACUGCAAGUGAAUUUCAUAUCGGAACAAGGUAUCCAGAAUUUGAGGUCUUUAUCUUCUAAUAAUGUUUCCAAGAGCAAUGUGCCAAAUCCUGCCACUGUGAACGGAGGUAAUAAACUGGCUAAGCCUGAAAACAACAAGAAUGCAACAGUCCCACGACGUGGUAUUAAAAUACGAUCCCCUCGAAGGAUAGAAGUCACCAAAAAUGUUCCAAUACCAAUUCAACCUCAAAUAUCCACUGCUAUGCCAAAAGCUCUUGUUCAGCCGAAACCAGUCGACACUUCACCCAAGUUAUCAGUUGCUAAUAACAACAAAGAACAGGUUUUGCCAAGUGCAAUUUCUCCACAACCAACUGCCGCCAAAAUGAAAAAUAUUGUAGUAAACGGAAAGAUAUCAAAUCACACAAACCGGCAGUCAACAUUACCGAACACUCAGAGUACUGUCUCUAGUGAUCUGAUUGAUCUCACAGAAGAAGAGGACAAAAAUAAACCAAUUAGUGGUACUAUAUCAGGUGUACUUCCAAUGGUUGCAACAAUUACAUCUUCCAUUGGACCAAAGGUUCCCCAUACCAGAUAUCAAAGGGUUGUACAAACUGCAUUAUCUCCGAAUGUUGCGAUCACCACACAGGCUGCCAACAUCGGAGUAGUACAGUCUGUUAGUCAACCAACGCCGACCGCUCUUGUUAAUAACAUUAAUGCAACAAGAUUGGCGUAUGUAAUGCAAGGAAGUUCGGGAGCUGGAAGGCAGUUACUGAUAGCACCAAAUCCAAACCAGGUACGGCCAGUAACAUCCACCACACGGGGCCAGUUUGCAAAUUUUACCUACAAGGCUGGGGCAUCAACAUUGGCCAAUGGUACUGUCAGAGUACUAACUACAGCAGCUACAACGAUUCCACCUUCGAAUCCACCACCUGCACCCUUGCCAGAGACGCCACACUAUCCACACAAAAAUGGAUGGAAGCUACCUCCUCCGCCUCCGUCUCUAAAAAUAUCAAAAGUUACACAAGGUAUUGUCUUAUCGUGGAAUAUGGCACAGUCAGAUAACUAUGCAGAUAUUGCAAGUUAUCAACUCUAUGCAUACCAAGAGAUACCUGGAACUGCACCAAACUCAAAUCUGUGGAAAAAAGUGGGUGAUGUAAGGGCGCUACCACUUCCAAUGGCAUGCACACUCAAGGAGUUCACUCCAGGCAACAAUUAUCACUUUGCUGUAAGAGCAGUAGAUAGACAUUCCAGAUUUGGUCAAUACAGUGUACCCCGUAACAUUUCUUUAUAAUAGU